AUGAAGGUUUACCCCCGGACACGGGAAAGGGAGCGGGCAUGGAAGCUGGCCUUAGGCUCUGCUGCGGCGUCUUUAGUGUUAGCACCGAUCUUGAUGCUAAUAUUCAGACAUCCUUUGCCCCAGAGAUGGUUCACGGAGAUUUGGUGGACAUUUUCGAUCGUCCUGGAAUCCGUUUGCGUGCUCCCCCAAUUACUGCUCCUACGCCAGACCACUGUCCCUACUGUCAUCGACUCCUAUUAUCUCCUUACAUUAGGCUCCUACCGGGCAUUCUACAUUCUGAACUGGCUGUAUAGAGGAUUUGCCUCACAUUACUGGGAUCCCAUUUCAGAUAUUUUUGGCAUCGUCCAGACCGCGUUCUACAUCGACUUCGCUUGGGUCUACUAUACACGACAGCGUGUAAAACUCCGCAACGGUGGCGUUGUAGACUCUGAGGAUUUCCGGAACAGCUGGCUGGUCAACAAAGUGUUGAGUUUCAGGCAGCGACGGAGCGUCGAUGAAGAACAGCACCUCCAGGAUGAAGGAGCAGAAGCUGGACAUGGAGCUGAGGGUGAGCGGCCGAGAAACAACCGCUGGGGUGCUCGAGGGAUAUCCAUCUCAGCAGAUGACACAUUGAACGAGAGUCCCCACGCCAAACCCAGCAGCACAGGUGACGACCGGCUGGAGGGAUUCCUGGAGGACGAAGAAGACGGUUGGGAAGAGCACGCGAACCAGCAAACACAGCACAAGCAUUCUCCUGAUGCGACGGACAAUCAGAAGUGA